GGUUAGCUAACGUGGGUUAGCCUGUUAUGGAAGAAGAGGGAGCAGCGGAGGGGCUGUCUGUCUGAUACACCGGGACUGGCUGGGACUAGUUCUGAGGCGUGAUUUGGAAAGAUAACGCUAUAGACCGGAAGUCUGGGGGAACGCAUUCGUGUUUGGUAACAUUAAACCCACUCAGAGGGCUAAAAUCACGGAACAGUGUCGUUUAUUAGUAAAACAUGGAGCCAACAGCUAUGGAGUGUAAUAUUAUCUCCCGCCGCCGUCGAGUUUAGCCUCCGCGGCCGCAGCUGGACCCUCGCGGCGGGCUACGGGAAGCAACGGGAAUCUUUGUUUCGCAUUUUUUUCAUGGGACACAACCGGGCUUCCCCUCGCCUUCGUCGUUGUUUUUCAGCCGUGACAGCGUCCCCUUCGGCUGCUGUGGACUGUCAGCCGAGGUCCCCGUGUCUUAUGGACUUGUGACGGUAGUUUUUUCGGCUUUUCGGGCAGUUUGUCCCUCCCUGACUAACGGCAGUCAUGUUCGCGGUGCGGAUCGUAACGGCGGACUACUAUCUGGCAAGUCCCAUUAAAGACCUGGACGUCUGCUAUUCUGAAUUCAGGGAGAGCGACGUGAAGAAAGUGCCGGUGGUGCGGAUAUUUGGAGCAACACCUGCAGGUCAGAAGACAUGUCUCCACCUCCACAGCGUGUUCCCCUACAUCUACGUACCAUACGAUGGCCACGGGCAGCAGUCAGAGCGCUACCUGCGUCAGGUGGCCUUCAGCAUCGACAGGGCCCUCAACGUUGCCAUGGGAAACCCCGCCUCCAGCACCCAGCAUGUCUUCAAAGUGGUGCUGGUGUCUGGCAUGCCUUUCUAUGGGUACCAUGCCAAGGAGAAGCACUUUAUGAAGAUCUAUCUGUACAAUCCUCAUAUGGUCAAAAGGGUGUGUGAGCUGUUGCAGAGCGGAGCAGUGAUGAACAAGGUCUACCAGCCCCAUGAGGGCCACAUCCCCUACCUGCUGCAGCUGUUCAUAGACUACAACCUCUAUGGCAUGAACCUGGUUACCCUGGGAGCUGUGAAGUUCCGGAGGAGCCCUAAGAAAGAUGAUGCAGUGUCGGCCUCAGACAGGCUCAGUAUCAGCAGCCGUCCUAGCGUUAGCCCCUUGAACAGCCCCUGCACCUCCAGGCUCAAUGACAGCACCCUGGGGGGCUCGUUUGUCCGCUGGGAGGAGAACGCCAUCCCCUGCUCCUUAGUGUUGGAUGAGGUGGAGAAGCAGAGUACCUGUGAGCUCGAGGUCGAUGCUGUGGCUGUAGACGUCCUUAAUCGCCUUGAGAUUGAGAAUCAGAUUGGCAGGAACCCUGGGCUUCAGGCCAUCUGGGAGGAUGAGAAGCAGAGGAGGAGAGAGAGGAACCAGGCCUCCUACGUGGAAACCCCCGAGUCACAAGAUCGCGGUUUUGUCACAUCAACGGAGAGCGAGAAAAUCUUCAUGAAGAGAUUCAAGGAGAUUCUGAAGGAGAACGAGUUUGACAUGACACAAGGCUCGUCUGUUGGUGAAGGUGAGGAUCAUGAGGACUUUCCUGGUGAACUGACUCUCCAUGGUGACCUUUUAAGUCCUGAGGGGCUGCCUUAUACCCCCGCUAACACCGUGGAGGUGCACAGAGACUCACAGCCAGAUUCUGCAAGGAGUGGUGGUAAAAUCCCAGAAGAGGCUGUAGUUGAUGAGGAGGCGAUCCUGAGUCUGUUGGAGAGCAGUCAGACCUUCCUCCCUCUGUCCCAGUCUUCCAACCACUCCCCCCUCUUAGACAGCAGCCAAGACCAUGCCAUCAUUGAUUUGCUGGCAGGCUUGGAAGACGAUGGUUUCUGCAGGACCCCCCUUAGGCAGAAUUCCCAGUCCCAGUCACUUCCUGGUGCCAAGAGCUACCACUGCAACAGCGAUGAGGAGGAGGCAGAGCCAGAACUGGACAAGGAGGAGGCAGAGCUCAGCGCCGUGAUGUCACAGCGGUGGGACACUGAUCCUCCUGAGACCACCCCUCUGCCACGGUCCAGUGUGAAAGAGGCAGAGGACAGCAUGAGUGACGAGCAGCAAGAGUCCUGUGAUGAAGACAUGGAGUGGAGCGGGACUAACUCUCUAUUUGCCAACCUGUCCAUCCCCCAACUUGACGGAGCAGCAGAUGAGAGCAGUGAUUCAUCUUUAACAGACAGCGGCUCCAUGACCCAGUCCUCUCUCAUAGUCACAGAGAAGAUGCUGGUGAAAAGGAACGCCUUCCCCAGGGAGACUGCCCACCUGGAGGCCCCUUCCUCAGCUGAGAUCCUUCUGGAGUGUAAACGCCCUGAGCACAGACCCGGUCAUGUGCUGGACAAAGAACAACCACUUGAUAAGCACUUUCAGUUAAAAAACAGCCAGGACAGCAGUAGUGAAUGUUCAACAGGGUUCAAGGUCAAUAAAGAAAUCCCCUACAUCCCACCAGUCAAACACCCAAUUCCCUGCAAAAUAGUUAAUCAUGCUGAGAUGUCCCCUAUUUGUGUUGACAAAGAGGACAUACGACCAUUGUACACCUAUGACAAGAAAAACGCCAUAACUUUGGACAAGACUGAUCUAGAAAGUUUCCCAUUCGGUAACGGAAAAGUCACCAAAACCAGGAAGAAGUACGGCAGCGUAAAGAAUGUAGAAACAAACCGUCUGUCUAUUCUUCAGAACCACAGGACCUUCUCUCUGUGUUACUCAGAGUUGAGAAACUGUUCAGCUAAAGGAGAUCUGGAACUGAGCCAGAAGGACAGUAAAAGCCCCAUCCUGAGGAACAUUUCAGCCCAGUCACCCAUGGAGGAGGACGACUUUCUCGAUUCUCAGGAGGAGGAAAUGAGCCAGGACAGUGAAGAGGGGGACGUCGGUGAACUCAAAAUCAGGUACGAGGACUAUCAGGAGAACAAGACUGAAAGGACCAUUGGUGCCCAGCAGGAGGCGCACUAUAAGUUCUUUCCUAGUGUCAUCCUCUCCAACUGCCUCACUCGGAAGAAAGCUGGAAGCAAAAAGAUCUCUGAUUCCUGCAGUAAGGUAGAACUGGCACAACCUCGCCGCUCUAGGCUAAAGUUGAGUAAAAAAAGAUUGUCAGCUGUAUCACAGCGAAAUAAAACACAAACAGUUGAAAGCUCUACCUCUGAUAGCCAGGUUUGCACUGGCCCCACAUUGAUCAAACCUGCUUCUCCAGUUAACUCAGAAACAGAAACGCCACCUUCAGAUGAUAGUCAGGAAAAACAGGCUAAGCCAAGUGAAGACUGUCCUUCUACAGAGCCAGAGCCAGUCGCAGAAGAGAAGCAAGAUAAGAAGAGUUCCCCAAAUAACCAGACAGAACCCCUUCCAGAACCCCUUCCAGAACCCCUUCCACCUAGCUCCACCGGUGUUUCCAGUUGCUCUGAAGCCACUAAAAACACAGUAGAAGAAACAACGAACCUGGUGCAAAAUCUGCCUGGUAAUGUCACCUGUACAAAAGCAUCAGCAUUGCCUGGUAGUAAGUAUACCCUGAGGGCCAAGCGUAAGAUGGUCUACGACGGUGAAGAUGGAGAACACUCAGGUACUGCUCGUUCUAAAAACUCCACCUCAGUCAAAGAACGGCAGAAGGACAGUACCGUCUCCAGUGGGGACGAACCAAAAUGGCAGAAGCGCCGCAAGAAGGAGCCGCCCAUCAUCAUCAAGUACAUUAUCAUCAACAGGUUCAAAGGACAGAAGAACAUGCUGGUGAAGAUGUCCAAAGUGAAACCGGAGGAGCAGUGUGUGACGCUCACACCAGGCAAGUUGGAGCACUACAGCAAACUGGCACCUCUGAAGGAUUUUUGGCCUAAGGUUCCAGAGUCCACCGCUGUCAGGUUUCCUAUCACUGAACCAAAAGCAAAGAAACACCCCAAACGAAAGGGAAAGGUCAGCUCUGCAAAUAAGAAAACGGUGAAGAACCUGUCCAAAUCACGAGUCAAACAGGGUGAAAAAGUCAGAAGGACUAAAGGUUGUCAGAGAGGUCUAAUUCUACCCUCUCUACCGCCCCCUCGGCCAUGUUACUGUGAGCUAGCAGAUGACCAUGAGACUGAAUACACUGAUGUCAUGGUAGAACUGGGCUAUCUGUCUGAUAGAUCGUCAAGCCCUACAGACUCAACACCCCCACGUUGUUGGUCACCAAGUGAUCCUUUAAUGGACACUAGUACUUCAGACCACCUGAUAAACCCACUACAAGAUCCAUGUCUUGCUUCCGUCAUGGUGUCCUCAACCAAAGGAGCAAAAAGUAAGUCUCAAACUGCCAAAUCUAAGAAAUCCACAGAUGUUAAACGAAAAGAAAGGAGGUCUGUUAUGAAACCUCCACAGGAAGAUGAGUCCAAGAAGGAGAAACCAAAACAAAAUAGCAGUGCUGCAUCACGGCAAAGAAAGAAGCCUACAGAAACAGCUGAAGAAAUGGAAAAGACUCCUAAAGUAACCCCAAGACCUAGAAGGUCCCGUAAAAAGAAGAAAGGAGAACCCAAGAGCCAAGAAUUAAAUGAAAACUCCCAGGUCCUUUUCCUUGAAGAUGAGCUGCCUUCUUCUAACAGUUCCUCUCAAGAAGUUCCUCCAUUUCAGCAGCCUUUAAGCACAGAUAGUAACAGCCAGGCUGGUUCACAGACUGCAUCUCAGGCAGCCUCAAAGUCCAUCGGUCAAUCUAUAGAACCAAAGGUUGAGGACUAUGAGACCUCGAUCAUGGAGGUCAACCAAAGCUUUUCACAACCAGCUCAGCUGAAGCAGCAAGGAUGCCAGACUACUGUUGUGAAGAUGGAGGCUUCUCCUAAAGAGUGCACAACCCCAUCACCCCCUCUGGCUGGUAGACCUGUCCUGGAAAAUAGUUCCAGUAAAGCAGUCCAACUAGUAGACUCACACUCAGGCCCUAAGAAUGGAGCUCUCCCCGCUUUGUCUGAGACCCCUUCUGGAUUAGCAGUCCUUAAGAAGCUUCUCCAGAAGAGGCAGCAGGGACAAGCCCUUCCUCUACAGGUGGUUGGAGCAGACAGUCAAUCCACAGCUGUAGUUCAGGCUGCAGCACUUCUAGACCCCGCAACUAAAUCAGCUAAAUCCAAAAGAACUCCCUCUACCACUCCUCGAAAACCCAGGACUCCAAAAUCCACCAUUCCUAAGGAUAAGAAGCCCAGAAACAGGAAAAGCAAGACUAGCAGUACUCAGCCAAACCUAUCAGUGAAGCAGGAGGGCAGCUUGUCAGAUGACUGUCCCAUGUUCCUGUCUGACCCUGGAAUGGACAACUGCAACUUCAUAGAGGACAGCUUGUCACCAGAGCUCCCACACAAUUACACCUUCGAUAUAAAUGCCAUUGAUCAGACAGACUUUUCCAGUCCGUACAGCGGCAGUCAAUUUGUCGUUACUGAUAAAAACUUACCUGUAAAGUUCCUGAGUGAUGUGUCGCAGGAUGCCGUCUCAGCUCAGGCCCUGGGUUUAGAUAAGAAACUCGACAGGCUGUUUAGCUCAGGAGAGGAGCUUCAGAGAAGUUCAGACUGGCAUAGGUCAAGACCUGGGAGCCCUGAGGUGUUUGAUAGACCAGAGAAUGGAGAACCUCUUUCAAAUCACCUCACAUCUUUGGACUCUGAGAAGAUCAAGAGCAGAGAGUGGGAUUUCCCGUUAGGUAAAGCCCACACCCUCAGCCACUUUCAAGACUUUCACUGUGAGAGAAAAGAGCUCCUUUUUUCAGCCCUGGACCCUGUCCUGCCAAUGCCUUUGACGUCCGUGUCCUUCGUUGAUCACGACAGCUCACCAACAAAUGAGCUUCCUGAGGGCAUCGACGGGCUGACGUCCACCACGCCCAGCAGUUCCCCCCGCUCCAUCAGCUCACUAUCGCAGGUGAGGACGAGUCAGCUGCUGCGUGGAACAGGAGGCGGAGCUCACAUUCUCAAACCCCUCAUGUCCCCUCCGAGCAGAGACGAGAUCCUCAGCAAUCUGCUGGAUUUUGACAUGUCAGAGGCUACGUUCCAGGAGCCCUUCUGCAGCGACCCAUCAGAUGCCCCCGGGAAGCCAAUGGAGGUUGGUGGCCGUAAGUUAACUGUGGGUACCAGACUGGCCAAAGAGCUGACAGAGUUCAGCGGAGACAUGUCUUUGGAAGGUCUCCACUUCUGGAAGACUGCCUUCUCAGCUAUGACACACCCCCCCAGCACUAUUACCUCGUCUUCCCAUUGCCUGGCAGCUGAGCCAGAGCAGGCUGAGGAUGACUCGUCUUCAACCAGUGACAAGAAGGUUACGCUUCUGCCCUGCAAAAACCCACCUAACCGAGAGCGAGUGCAGCUCUGGCUGGAAGCCAGGAAACAGUAUGAGAGUUUACAGAAAGGUCGCAGAGAAACAGGGCUGCAGGAGAAAGGGAGAGUGGAUGUCAAUAAGUGCCCAGAUGGAGCAGAGCAACCAGCAACUCCAGCAAUGAGGGUGGAGCUGUCAGGCAGGCUGUCCAAUCAGAGAACGCAAAGGAGAAAGAAACGCAACCUGUCCUUAAUCAUUUCUCCUCUGAGGAAUGAAGGUGCCGGGUGUAAAUCCACAGACAUCAGCCCGGUUUCAGACCAAGAAAGUGUGGAUCUGAAGAAGGAGGAUGAGGAAAAAGGUGGUGUAGAUGAUGAUGACAAUGAUGAUGAUAAAACCAGCUCUCCAGAAUCUGCAGAGCUGCCUCCAUGGCAGCAGUCAUGUCAACCCAACCCCUCAGGGUCCGACAUGCAAAGUCAAAACUCAGCAGAAACACUGUCACCCAGGCCUCCGAACGCCCUGGACAGACUUAGUCCAUCUCCACUUAAAUUCAGUAACACAGAGGACGGCAGGACCAGCCCACACCUUCUUCACAGCACACCUUUCUUAAGGAGACGACAGAGAAGUGAAGAGGAUCUAGAGCCUGUGUGCAGCACACCCAUAACCAACGAGGAUCCCAUUUCUCAGAGAAUCCAGCAGAGGAGGAGAAGCCAAGCAGAGCCUCUGAGAAGAGUAUUACUGAACACACAGAUGAAGAACCAGUUUGCUGCCUUGAACGUGCCAAAGAAAGAGAACUCGCAAAUUGAAGGUCCCAGCAUAGCCAACUCGUAUGGUUUUAAAGUCAGCAUGCAGAACCUGCAGGAUGCCAAAGCUCUGCAUGAGGUGCAGUAUCUAACACUAAUGGGCAUGGAGCUCCACGCACGAACUCGACGUGACCUCGAACCUGACCCCGAGUUUGACCCUGUAUGUGCCUUAUUCUACUGCCUCAGUUCUGAUGCUCCUCUGCCCGGUGUAGAUGGAACCCAGCUGACCGGCGCCAUCGUAGUGGACAAAGACCAUCAAAGUCGAGAUCAAGGUCAGAGGAGAACAGCGCCCCUGCUGGUCAGGUCAGGCGUCUCUGGGCUGCAGGUGACAUAUGCAGCUGAUGAGAGGACGCUGUUUCAGGAACUGGUUACCAUCAUGAGAAGGUUUGACCCAGACAUCCUGUUCGGGUACGAGGUGCAGAUGCGAUCCUGGGGUUACCUCCUUCAACGGGCCGAGGCGCUCGGACUGGACCUGUGCCAACAGCUGUCACGAGUGCCAGGCGACUCCAAAGAGAAUCGCUUCACCGCAGACAGGGACGAAUACGGAGCCGACACCAUGACAGAGAUCCACGUGGUGGGACGCAUCAUCCUCAACCUGUGGAGGGUCAUGAAGACUGAGGCGGCGCUGAACAACUACAGCUUUGAGAAUGUGGCGUUCCAUGUGCUCCACCAGCGCUUCCCCCUGUACAGCCCUCGCACACUGUCUGACUGGUUCGACCACAACACCGACGUCUACAGGUGGAAGAUGGUGGACCACUACGUGAGCCGGGUGUGCGGGUCCAUGCAGCUCCUGCAGCAGCAUGACAUCAUCGGCAGAACCAGCGAGCUGGCCCGGGUCUUCGGGAUCCAGUUCUACCACGUUCUGACCCGAGGCUCACAGUACCGUGUUGAAUCCAUGAUGCUCCGCGUGGCCAAACCUCUGAACUACAUCCCGGUGACGCCCAGCAUCCAGCAGCGAGCCCAGCAGAGAGCGCCGCAGUGCCUCCCUCUGGUCAUGGAGCCCGAGUCCCGCUUUUACAGCAACUCCGUGGUGGUCCUGGACUUCCAGUCGCUCUACCCCUCCAUCGUCAUCGCGUACAACUACUGCUACUCCACCUGCCUAGGCCACGUGGACAGCCUGGGAACGCCUGAUGAGUUUAAGUUCGGCUGCACCUCCCUCCGAGUCCCCCCGGAGCUCCUCUACCAGCUCCGCAACGACAUCACUGUGUCUCCCAACGGCAUUGCCUUCGUCAAGUCGUCGGUGCGUAAAGGCGUCCUGCCCAACAUGUUGGAAGAAAUCCUCAACACUCGGAUCAUGGUGAAGCAGUCGAUGAAGGCCUACAAGCAGGACAAAGCCCUGAUGAGGCUGCUGGACGCCCGACAGCUCGGCCUCAAACUCAUCGCCAAUGUCACGUUUGGCUACACGGCGGCCAACUACUCCGGACGGAUGCCCAGUGUGGAGGUUGGAGACAGCAUCGUCCACAAAGCCAGAGAGACACUGGAGAGAGCCAUCAAGAUGGUCAACGACACCAAGAAGUGGGGAGCACGCGUUGUUUACGGAGACACAGACAGUAUGUUUGUGUUGCUGAAGGGAGCCACUAAAGAGCAGGCCUUCAAGAUCGGCAACGAGAUCGCAGAGGCCGUGACCGCCACCAACCCCAAGCCCGUUAAACUCAAGUUUGAGAAGGUUUACUUGCCGUGCGUGCUCCAGACUAAGAAGCGCUACGUGGGAUACAUGUACGAGAGCCUCGACCAAAAGGAGCCCGUGUUCGACGCCAAAGGGAUCGAGACGGUGCGGCGCGACGGCUGCCCUGCUGUUUCCAAGAUUCUGGAGCGGUCCAUUAAGCUGCUGUUUGAGACGCGGGACAUCAGCCAAGUGAAGCAGUUUGUGCAGCAUCAGUGCCUGAAGGUUCUGGACGGCCGGGCCAGCAUGCAGGACCUGACCUUCGCUAAAGAGUACCGGGGCAGCGGCUCGUACCGGCCCGGAGCCUGUGUACCGGCUCUGGAGCUCACCAGGCGUAUGAUGGCGUACGACCGGCGUCUGGAGCCUCGUGUUGGCGAGCGGGUGCCCUAUGUGGUCGUGUAUGGGAUGCCCGGCGUGCCCCUCAUCCAGCUGGUGCGUCGUCCCAUGGAGGUUCUUCAAGACCCCAGCCUGCGCCUCAACGCCACCUACUACAUCACCAAACAGAUCCUGCCGCCGCUCGCUCGCAUGUUCCAGCUGAUCGGCGUGGACGUGUUCGGCUGGUACCAGGAGCUGCCCCGGGUCCACAAGGCGUCCUGCUCCUCGUCUGUGGGAGGCGAGGAGUCCGGCAGGAAGGGAACCAUCUCGCAGUACUUCACCACGCUGCACUGCCCCGUGUGCGACGAGCUGACCCAGCUGGGCGUGUGUUCCCGCUGCCGCACCCAACCCCAGCGCGUCGCCGUCAAACUGUACCAGGACAUGAGGCAGUGGGAGAGUCAGCAAGACCAGCUGCUCAAGAUCUGCAGGAACUGCAGCGGCUGCGCAGAACGCCAGGUGCCCUGCGUGUCCCUGGACUGUCCCGUCCUCUACAAACUGUCCCGGGUCCACAGACAGCUCUCCAAGGCGCCCUACCUCCGACAGCUGCUGGAGCAGUUCUGAUUGGCUCCUGAACCCCGGGAGCUCCGUGCUGAUUUUGGUGCUAAUCGCAGACCCCGCCCCCUCAUCCUCAGUGUUUGAUUGUUCAUUCAGUUGUCAUAGUUUCAAUGGUGCUUCAACUGAACCCUGUUGGGUUUUCAUUCUGUCUUGUAAUUGUUAUUUGUUAUACAAGUAUUUCUCUGCGUGUGCAGACUGUCUGGUUGGAGCCUCCUGUGUGGAGGCGCUGUGGGAGUGGGGAGCCCCCCCCACCCCGCCCCGCUCCUCGGGGCUGGUGUUGUCUUCAUGCUUGUUUGCUGCCGUCUCCAUUCGCUGCUACGGGCCGAUACGGAGCUGUGAUGUCACAGCUGCAGACUGCCUGACAUGGAAGUAGGUGCAGUCCAAUCAAGGAUGACGUGUUGUGUGUUGUAAGCGCUGUAGCAGUUUACGCAUCGGUUUAAGGAGCUUCAAACCACAUUCAAACCACUAACUGACUUCACUUCAUUUUUCUACUGACUGCAGCCUGUUGUAAAUAGUCCCACCGCUACCGUCACUGUGCAUUAACAUUAUGGAAAGGAACGCUGGGGCCGUGAACGCAGUCCAGUCUGUUUGAGGCGUUCGCCUAAAGGAUGCGUCUCAUGUUUCUUUGAACAUUGAUUGUAUUCCAUUAGAGCAGAUUCACCGUCUGCUGACAGAGUGGGAACUGGAAUCACUUGGGUUUUUGUUUUUUAUCUGGGACUGUUGCAAUAUUGUAUUUUGAUAAUUUAUGUCAUGAAGAGUCUAUUAUUCCCUUGUGCAUAUAUGGUUUGUGUGUUUCAGACUUCCUGUGCAAAAAGGUGUCAUCCAAUCACAUAAAGAUCAAAUUUCCAAACAGGUUCCCAAACAGCCAUACACAGGAUCUGUGUAUUUGUACAAAUGUACAAAUGAUUAUUAUGAAGGAGGUGUUUUUCUGGGUGUUUUUAAUGGACAUUGCUGUGGGUGGAGGUUUAAGAUUGAUAUAAUAAAAAGUCAAUGUAUUAAAAUGCCUUCAGUUUUCUUUUUAAAAAUUCAAAGAGAUCACAGUGACAUCACAUGAUUUAAAGGAACACAAGCCACAUGACACAGUACAGUACGACAAAACAACCCCCGACCUGAUCUGUACACCAAAUAAAUACUAAAUCCCUUCAUUCCCCUUGAAUCACCUCGUCACUGUCACAGUGCAAUGAAAUCACAUUUUCAGAUUAUGCGUUUGGCAGCAGGCUGCGGUGAUGAUGAGGAGGGUGUAACCAACCAACAUUCACUCUGCCCAAGUGUCCCCGAGCAAGGCACUGAUAUCCUGUCAGCUGUGGGACGUCCACACAGAACCGUUGUGCGGAGUCUAAACAUGAAUAUGACGUGCAGCCGUGGAGCUCAAAGCUGAUCCUUCGUCACCCACAAAGGAUCCGAAUGCUUCAAGUCCAACACUGAGGAGCAGUUGUGUUAUUAAAGGGGCAAUCUGAAAUGUUCAUGCUGGGUUGAAAACGUAAAAAUAUCAACAGAGGGCGACAGGAGGUCUUCUACUGCAGGGGUAUCUACAGCAGUUAGCAUGCUAACCAGCUAGCAGUGUCCUGUUCCAUCUCAUAACCCCAUGAUGUGCCCUCAGAGGGGCUGCUCACACAAAACGAUCCUACAGACGGAUAUGAAGGAACAACAAACACAGGACGACGAGUCACCUGUGUUGUGUUGGUACAAAAUAAUCUAAAUUUGAUCAUAUGAAUAAGAAUUUAAUAGAAAGCUCAAUUUGAUUUCUUUGGUUUUUCUUAUGCAAAUAGUGCAUAAUAAAAUAAAACAGACUUCUCUUCCUUUCUCUUGGACGUAGUUGAUCCUCUUCUGUCAUUUUCUUUUUAACGUCUAAAACUCCACUGACAGGAAGACAAAACCACACCAGGCCUGGACUUCAACUCCUCAUGUGAGACACAGUACCUGCAUAUGAACUGGGUUCAGAGAGAAAUGAUGCAUCAGAAGUUGAUCCCAAAUUCACUUUAAGUGGGAAAUGAGAAUCUUGAACAUCUAUGCAAAUGCACAGAAAAGAGGUGAGACAUACACAGUGUUGUUUCUCUGAGAUAAAACUGAAUCUGCAGUGGUUUAGUUGUAAUUCACUGGAUCCCUCUGAGGACCUUCAGUC